AUGAAGCUCGUCUGCAUUAUUUUCGUUGCCAUUGCAUCCAUUGUCAGCAUCAAUGCAGUUCCAACCAGCAAAAAGUUGGCCGAUUCCAUUUCUGAAAGAACGUUCACCAAAGCGCCUGUUAACGUACCCAUUUUCAAUAACGGAAAGGUUAAUCCUUUAUACUAUGCCGAAAUUGAAAUUUCCAAGCAAAAGUUCAACGUAUGCUUGGAUACUGGCUCGGCAGAUCUUUGGUUACCACAUCCAUCGUGCCAUGACGACAUUGCCUGCAUGAAAAAGAAAUCUUUUGAUUUUACCAAAUCGCCAACCUUCUCUACAAAAAACAAGCAUUUCCUUGACGCCUAUGGCUUUGGCAACGUCUCUGGUAUUGUUGCUACUGACGAUAUCUCAAUGGGUGGCCUCACUGCUCAGGGACAAAUCUUUGGUCUUGCUCUUCACGAAACAUAUAAUUAUGGCGAAUCUAAAUUCGAUGGCAUUAUGGGCAUGUCUCUUAAUCGCAUAUAUGAACCAGGGUACAUCGGAAAUCUCCCAUUGUUUAAUAGUUUGGUCCAGCAAAAAGUCGUCGACGAACCAAUAUUUAGCUUUUAUUUUGGCGGAAAGGGCGGUACUCACGGUCAGCUUACUCUUGGUGGUUAUGAUAGCUCUUUAUUCGAGGGAAGUCUUCAUUUCAAUACAUUAUUAUACCCUGAUUCGGGACGUUGGUUUACUCGUUUUGAUGACGUUGCGGUCAACGGUACGCCUUUGAACUUUAGAAAUAAGAUGGCGCUUCUUGACACUGGUGCACCUAUUAUCAUUGCUUCGGACAUCGAUGCUAAGACCGUUCAUUCAAGUAUUGACGGCGCCCUUAAAAUUAGUGGCAGAUACUUUAUUCCGUGCAAUACCACAGUUGCUGUCUCUCUUCAAUUUGCUGGCAUCGACUAUAAUAUUACCUUGGCCGCAGAACCGAUAAAAAUUGACGGCCUUUGUUCUUCGAGUAUUCAAAGCCCAGGCGGUCAGGAAAACAAACGCGGGGAUGUCUUUGGUGAUCCUAAUAUUUGGAUAGUUGGUGUACCGUUUCUAAAGACCGUAUACGCUACUUUUGACAUUGCAAAUUUGAGGGUUGGAUUUGCUCUUCCUAAAACACAAGCUAUUUAA